GGUUGGACAACUACAGCUGGCUCGCCCCAACUAGUGACGUCACAGCUAAUCACAGAGCAUUUCGCAGUCACGUGACUUUUUAGCAACUUUAACCCUUAUUGCCAUAGUGAAUUUAAGCGUUUUCUUUACCCAAUGACCUGCCAUCUUACGAAAAAAUUCCGACCGACUACUCGUACAUUGGACGGGCAAGUCGCGAGUUUGGCAACACUGCCCUCGGUUCACCACAAAGGAACUCCGACUGUGGUAGCAUGACGUCAUUGAAUGGGGCGGAGCUAAAGUUUAUGACGUUACUGUUACUCGGUUACUUUGAGUCUGUCAGCUCUGUCCUUUGUAUUAGUCUGUAUUUACCUUGGGAUAGAGCAACGCGAAGUCCAGUCUUCUCGGUGUGAGACCACUCUCGUAUAUCUGCUUUUCGCAAGAUGUUGGCAGAGGUGGAAGACCCAACUUCACCCCAUGGCAAUGGAAGCAGGUUCAUCAGGGGCAUUAAGUACCUGUUGGCAUAUUUGCUGGGACCAGUACCUGAAAGAGACACCUGGCAUAACAAUGUGGAGGGGAUACUCAGUCACAUUGGCUAUGUUGUUGGGCUGGGAAACAUGUGGCGUUUUCCAUACUUUUGUUACAAGCAUGGUGGAGCAACAUUCUUCAUCCCGUACACUGUGUUCCUCCUGGUGGUUGGUUUGCCAGAGUUUUUUAUGGACGUCUCUCUGGGUCAGUACCUGAGCCUUGGACCCACACAUGUAUAUUCCUACAUGGCUCCCAUUUUUUCUGGGCUGGGCUGGGCCAUGGUUGCUAUGUCUCUGGUGGUGAGCGUUUACUACAUUGUGGUGCUCGGUUGGACGCUCUACUACCUGUUCCUCUGCUUCCAGCCAACACCUCCCUGGAGUCGUAACAGCAUCGAGUAUAGUCUUCCAGACUCCCAGAUGGUAGACAACAUUACCUAUGUGGCCAGCUGGAAGUUUUUCAGGGAGGAGGUGUUAGUUGUGUCAUCCCCAUAUGAGUUUGAAAUUCAGGGUCACCUGGUAUUGUGUGUGGGCGUGGCCUGGCUACUAGUGAUGACGAGCCUGGUGCGAGGAGUGAGAAGCUCUGGCAAGGUGGCCUAUGUCACUGUCAUUGUCCCCUACAUCGUCUUAGUGCUCCUCCUGGCCUGGAGUUAUGACACGAUGCAUCAAGAUGUGUGGCGGGAAAGUUUGAGGAACUAUUUUUCGCCACAUCGUGUGAAAUCCUCCAAGCUUCUGGACCCAGAACUCUGGGCUGAUGCUGCUACGCAAGUCUCCUUUUCUUUAGGUGCAGUGUAUGGUGGCCACACCACACUCUCCUCCUAUAACACAUUCAAGCAAAACACUUUCAGGAAUUCCAUUGUGAUUAUACUUUGCAACACGGCAACAUCCAUCCUGUGCGGAUUUGUGGUGUUCGUCUCCCUCAGUCAAAUGGCAGUGGAUAUGUCAAUCACCGUGGAUGAUGUGUUCAAUGGCGAGUAUAGGCUGGGAGGGCUGGGGGCGGAGUUGGUGUUUAUUGCUUACCCAGCAUUCUUCAGCCGCAUGACCAACAAUGUAUGGCCUGUUCUCUUCUUCCUCAUGAUCCUUGCACUUGGCAUUGACAGCAUGAUAGGUUUCAUGGAGACAUCAACAACAGCCCUCUUUGACAACUUCAAGUGUUUACGCCGUCUACGACUCCCAGUGAUGUUUGUGAUGAUUAUUUUCCUAAUCCUUUUGGAUCUGCCCUUAUGUGCCGGCAGUGGUAUUUUUGUGGUGGAAUUACUGCACGGCUACACCUGCAAGGCUUCAAUCUUGAUAAUUGGCCUCAUCAAGAUCUUAGUGGUCCACUACGUGUAUGAUUUGCAUCAAGUUAAAGAAACCACAAGUAUAGAACUACUUUGGAGUAAGAGUUGUCAACUCUGGGAAUAACCAGUCAGAAGGUGUUGUGACGGCACCGAGUGUGAGCUCAUUCAAGGCCAGAUUUGACCAACACUGGAGCAGGUUCUGAUAUAUUCAUGAGUAAGUGCAUGCCCAGUAUCUACCAACAGUGUGUAUCAAAAACGUGAACGACCACCCCAGCGGUUAACGAGCCGAUCAGUAGCGAAGAGGAUAAAAGUAAAAAGUAAGAUCAACCACUCAAGUGGUUAACAGGCCGAUUAGUGGCAAAGAGGUUACGAUACAAUAUGAUGCAAAGUUGAAAUUAUGAAUUGACUAUGGUACCAGCAAACCUUUUAGACUGCUGAUCCCAAGUGCAUUAUUUAUUUUAUUUACCUAAUGGCCACCCACUAGAGGUGGCCAUGCCAAGGGAAGGAGGCCAUUGGCCUGUGUUGGAUCCCUCCAUUAUUCUUGAUAAUUUUGUCAAGGGUUAUUUUGAAGCCCAGUAUACAUGUACUGUACUGUUAUUGAUUGUUACAGUAUAUAUCAUUAUAAUGCUCAUUAUUCAGGGGGAAAUUUUAACCUCAUAUGUAUUAUAUUCAAAUCUAUAAAAUGAUUCAGAAGUUAUGGUGUGAGACCGUUCAGUGCUCUUGUUUUUUAGUUGUGUUCUGAACAAUUGAGAGUGAUAUACGUAUAUGAAUUAUGAUUACAGUACCACUUAGCCAGUCAGCACUUGCCUCUUAAUAGUUUUGAACACUUCCUGCAGACAUGUGUUCACUCUGCAGGGAUCCUAUACAGGCCACCUUAUUUUGGCAUGGCCACCUUUAGUGGGCGGCUAUUAAUUAAAUAAAGUGCUCCACAUGCAUGGGAAUGUAAAUACAGUAUUGCUUCCCAGGGGCCAAAAUUUGCACUUCAUAAUGCCACAUUCAGUUCUGUUGAUGAAAUUUUUGCAAAUUGUAUGUGUGUUUAAAGUUUACUGACAUAUCUAUGAACCUAAAUAUCCCUGCCAACAUUGAACCCCUAAUUUUUUUGUUUCAGACACUGUAAAUGACUUCUUUACAUAAAUUUACAUACAGGUUACAAAAACAAUUCAUAUCCAAAAAAAGGACAUGCAAGGUAAACUUUUCUGGAAUACUAUACCUGUUACACUGUCAGUAGCAUCACUGUAUGUACAAUUGCUGUUAUUGAAGCUCCAAUUAUAAUAUAAGUAACAGAAAAAAGAUGAAGAAUGGUUAGUGUGCAACAGAUAUUUUCAUCAGGAGUGAAUUGUGCUCUAUAUUAUAAUUCAAUAUGUCUCACUUUUAUGUCUCACUUAUGCAGUUAGGGCAUAUGGCGACUGUACUGACAGCUGUGUUUGAUAACUUUGAAUGUCUUCGUCGUCGCUAUGUACCAGUAGUGGCU